AUGGAGCAAGUACAGGCUGCGUUUGAAGCAAACCGCAGCCGGAGCCAUGUGUCGGUGUUCCUCUUUCUCGGCGUUCACUACUCCCACUUCAUCUUCAAACGGCCAGGCGACACAAACCACCUCGUGCGUGAAGACCUCACCAUUCCUCAAGACCAGAGCCAAGAUACACCUGUUGUCACGAAAAUUAUCCGAUCAUAUCUGAAAUCCUCCGCUCGCUAUGUCCCAGAUAUUCUUGUCCUCAACGAACCUUCGAUAAAGGUAUCAAAAGAAGAGUCGGAGGAGUUUCAUGCAGACUUGCUAGAGUUUGUGCGUUCGCCAUUCAAGGAUGCAAUCUCAUCGAUUAUCACCGAAGGGACGGAAGGUCUGGCUCGGACCACCGCAAAACGUCUAGAGUCAGCAAAGUCCGCAAACGAGUCGGAAUUCCAGCCAGUCCCGUCAUCUGGUACUGACGACAAAUCCGAAGGAGGACGCAAUUUGUCGAUGAGGCUUUACAAGGACGACCACGACAUAGCUGAUACUCCUCAUGAAGAGCUCCUCAGUCGCCGUGGAAGGGGGAAUCCCGAACUUGCGCAGAUAAGCCGCGAAGCCUUAACUCUCGAUGAGGUGGCUGAGAGGCGCCGCAUGGCCCUCCAACCGCGAAGCUCGUCGACGAUCAGCGGGGACCAGCCUCAUGUGCCCGAAGUCCAUAACCAGGAGGAAUCUGUUCAGGACGCGGACGAUGAAGGUUCGGGACCCGACCCGCUGGUACUGCGGAUGUUCCUGCCGAUGAAGGGGAAACGGACGUCGAUACGCCCCGUAGAGAUAAGAAGAAGAGCCAACGAGGGGCAGAAAGGGUGGGCCUGCGAGGGCGGCGACGCGGGGUGGUGGAAGCAAGGCGGCAGCGUGUCUCAGGCCGGUAAGAAGAAGGGUUCGAAGGCCUAG